AUGAACGACGAGGAGGCUCCGCCGCCUUACUCGGCCGCCGACCCUUUGAAUGCAGCGAAUCCCCGCAACGGCAGUUCGGCGCAGCCUAUACCUCUACGCAGUAAUGCGCAAUCACAAGAAGCUGGCAAUUCAAGGCUACUGGAGCCCGGUCCUUCAACUCCAUCUGUUGUGCCAACGCAUUUUACCUCCGCCGUCACAUACUUCGAGCAACGCCCGCCAGCGGUCAUCGACGACAGCCGAGUCCUUUUGGAUCACCACAUGACCAUAUACCCCCGCAGCCAAGCAAAAGACUUUCCCAAGCGGCCUCGCUGCUGGAAUGCACAAUUCGGCGAAGUACUGCAACAGGACUGGGACGCUUUCCUCCGCUAUCUUUUCCCCGUCCAAUUGGGCUUGGCUGCUGCCUCGCAGCACUUGCCCCGGCAGCUCCGAGCCGAGAUCCAGCGAGAUCGCAAGGAUCGCCCACAGGAGACAGAUGAGCAGCGUCAUGCGCGAAUUUCAGCUGUCGUGGACGAAUGGAAUCAAUGUUUCUUUGAGCCGCGCGCUACUCGCAUUGUCUUUGUCUAUGUCGGCGAGCCCGAUGCCGCGCCCACCUCUGCGCUAUGUCCUCGGUGUUAUCCAGCAGCCACAAAGGCAACCCAGAACACCGGUACUCCGACCUCUAUUGAAGGCCAAGCACCUGUCACAGCCAAUGCGCCGUCGCCAGUUGGGCAGCCUUCACCCUCGCCAACUUCGUGGCCUAUGCCUCAAUACUCGCCUUUUGGGUCACCACAACCGCAUAUGCCCUACGGCACUCCGUACGGUGUUCCGCCAUUUACUGCACAUGCAACACCCAACGGCCAACCUCCCCCACAAUACUAUACACAGCCACCUCCUGGGGUUGCUCCAUGGCAAUGGCAGCCAUGGGGCUAUACACCGCCACAAUUUGGUGCGUCAGGGACAUCCAAGAGUGGAGCCCUUGGCUGGAUUUCAAAUCUUACCUCCCAGGCGCAAAAGUACGGCGAACGUUUUGCUGAACAGGCGCAACUUUAUGGCGACCAGAUCAGCGCACAGGCCAUGCAGUAUGGAAGGCAGGUUGAAGAGCAGGCGAUGGCGCAUGGACGGUGGAUCGAAGAUCAGGCAAGGUUUCAUGGCCGUAAGCCAAACGUAUACCCUCCUGGAUAUCCGCCAGGUGCAUGCAAUGGAAGACCGCCAUGGAGUCCCGCUCCAACUGAACAGACUGGCCCGAUCGCGGGAGUUGCAUACAACCCGCCGAUAUCGACAUUGACAUCGACAUCGUCAUCGACACCGACUUCACCUACCACCAACGCCACCUCUGUCAGCACCGCAGAAAUUCGACCUUCACCUCAACCUCACCCAGAGUCCCAACCUAAGCCUCACAUUCAAAGUGACGAUAAGUCUCUCGAGCGUUCUCUCCAGCGCCCUCGCCGCGCUUCUACCAGCUCCAUCUCUUCCCUCUCAUCGCUCAGCUCAAUCGACUCCCUAUCCACAACUUCCGACCUCGACGCCUCAGACCUAGCCAACGUCCGCACGCAACUCCAGUCUCUUCAUGACCGUCAUGACCGCACUCUCUACGAAGCUGCAGUUGACCUCCGUCGACAACUAUCUCUUCUGGAAGAAUCUCGCCGCGAGGCCCGAACAUCUGGCCGUCGAAAUUGGCGCCACGGCCGCCAAGCCGCACAAACCGAUAGCACAGACUGGGGAAGAUGGGAAUCUCCCGAACAACAACAACGCGAUGCCACUGAGCGCCGAGCAAUGAAAGAGGAAAUGCGCGCCACCAAGAAAGCAUUCCGAGAUGUAGUCCGUCGUGCACGCGACGAACAGCGCGAUAAGCGACGAGCCCGGAAGAAUCGUCUCCGUCAUGCACGACCACAACCUGAAAGCAAGCCUGGAGAUGAGGUCUUGCUCGAUGGACGAAUGGCAUCUCUCGCUGUUGAAGAACCUACAUUCUGUCCACCGGCACGGAGCCACACCGAACCUAUUUCUCAAGCUCAUCGGCCUCAGCCUGCUCCUCUUCGCUCCGAUGCAAGCUCUGAAGUCAGUGUGCCUGGCGCUAUCAAGACGCCGUCGACUGUAUCUUUGAACAGUGCGCAUGGUUCCCAAGCUGGGGUUCCGGAUAAGAAGUCGAAGUUGAAGCAGAUACUGAAGUCGAGGACUACGAAGAAGCAGCAAAAGGCUGAGACGGAAGCAGAGAAGGACAGGUCUAAGAAGGGUAGUAAAUAA